AUGUCCACAGCCAAAGUUAUAAAAGAUCUUUCAAUAAAUCUUCACCUAACAAUGCCACCAAGCAAUGCAUCAUUUACAAUUCACUUAAAAGAAGGGCAAUUACUAUUAGAUACGGUCAGGCAUUUUAUGGAUGAAAACAAUAUACCAUGCUACUUGGAAAUAUCGAUCAUGUCAGUUAUAGAUUCGUUGAUGGAAGAGAGUCGAAGAAUAAAAUUGGAAAAGGAUAUAAAGAUCAAUGACGAAUCUAAGGCAAAAACAAUUAAAGAAGAGCUUAUUGCCAAAUAUCAAAAAUAUACAGUUCGAUUCAAUGAUACACCUUCAGAGAAUAUUUUCCCUAAAGCUUUUCAUACUUUAGUUCAUUCUCCAAUUCCUUCUAUUUUUGAUACUUUAUCACAGUUGGAGCAGGAUUACAAACAUUCAAUCAAAGAAUCAAUGAUAUUACGUGAAAAAGAAAAAGCAAAUAUUGACGAAAGACAUCUGAAAGAAAGGGAGAAGCAUCAAAAAGAAGUAGAAAGCAUGGUCGAAUCUGGAUCUGCCGAUGCUGGUUUUGCAAAGUUAAUUGAAAGGCAAGUCGAGGAAUCUGAGUUUAAUCAAGCAGCAUGGGAAAGUGAGCUUGAAGAAAUCCAACGAACUCAAAAAUGCGAAUAUUGGGAUUUUGUACUCAAACUUUAUGAGGAACAUCAACGUUGCUUGACAGAACAGCAAUCAUCUACUGAUCCAGUAUGUUUAUCUCGGUUGGAUGGAAAAAUGAUUGUAUCAGAAGUUAUAUCAGAUAUGAAAAAUCAAAAAAAAGUGUCGAAAGAACUUUUAAGACUUACACAAGGGAACACGACACGUAGCCGUCCUGGAAGUAUUGGUUCGAUGUCAGAAAUGAUGUUAUCGAUGACUCCACAAUCACCCGUAUAUGCAAGUCCUUCUGAAGAGAAGAAAUUAUUAAUGUUUGCCGCAGAAGAUGAUCCUGACGUUUUACAAAUAAAAGAAAUGGGAUUUAGCAGUGAACAAGCUACAGUUGCUCUUGAAAUGACUAAUAGAGAUAAGGAACAAGCUAUAAGUCUUCUUCUUGAUCAGGCAGGCAAAGUUGAUGCACAAAUAGCGCAGCGUCGCCCUUCAGUUCCCGUUAUUCCAGCCCCUAAAGAAACAUCGGUUCCACAUAGGCGUUCAAAAUCUAAUAGCAAACCACUAGUUUUGUCUGUACUUACAAAGCAAGAGAAAAAAAAUAAUGUAUGGUCUCCUAUGUCAUUUAUACAACAACAGAAGUCUAGUAUGAUGGCAGCCCAAAAUAAUUCUUCAAUGAGAAAAUUUAGUGGGUGGCUAGUAGGAAAAGCUAUGGAAAAUUUUGGGCUUGAAGAUGAUGAACAUGGUCCGGUAAUGCAGUUUGAUGAUGAACAUCAACUUGUAGAGUCAUUUACAAUUUCUCUUGGCAAUCAAGUGAAAUCAACACAUAAUCUUCGUCUUUUGGCAUCUGAUAUUGAUGACUUGCUUAGGUCUUCCAACGACCAGGCACGUGAUGUUGCAUAUAGGGCACAAACUGCUGCUGACCUGUAUUCUCAAAAUUUGACAGCAAUUGUUUUGUUAUUGACGCCCAAAGAUUGGCCAAAUUAUAAACUUGGAAAAAGUGCUAAUAAAGCAUUUUUUGAACGAUGUAAAGAAUCCACAGAAUUUCAUUUUGACAAUGUUGAAAAUCAAUUUGAGGCCAUUGAAAAAGACUUUAUAGCUUCUGAGUCUGAUGGUGUAAUUCCUGUGAAAGAAGAUUGUUUUUCAGAUUCCUCCAUUACAGAAAAUGUUUUACAUAAAAGAGCUGAGCUCGUUCUAAAAUGUAUAAGAGGAUUUAUGUUUGAGAAUUCUUGGAUACCUAAGUGUAAAGCCGAUGAAGAAGAUGGGACAAAAACUGUAACAUUUUUGUUGCCGAAAAAUGUCAAUGAACAACAAUUUCAAUCUCAUAGACUGCAGUUGACAGAUAAUUUUAGGGCCAAUUGA